UUUCAUCGCAGCAUGCCUGCCUCCCCUACCCCCUCAUCUCCCCUCUUCGGCCUCGACCAUCCAUCUCCCGGGUCGCGUACAGAAUCAGACGACGACGAAAUGCUCGACACGGUCGAUCUCAAUGCCGACCCCGCUCCUGAGGACGAUCCUUGGCGCACUGUACCUCUUGCCGCGGCUGCUCCUUCGGUCGCUGGGGCUUCUUCGAGAGAUAGCGGGGCGUCUUUCACGACUGACACGACGCAAAGACUGUCGAGAGCUGUCUCGACUCCUGCUACCGAGUUCACGCCGACGAUAGAGGAGGAAGGAAAGGACAUUGAUGUGGCCGGAAUUGAGGAGGGGGAGACCCCUAUCGUUUUGGGUGUCGCUGUGGUAGACUUCAAUCAUCUUAUCGGGCCUACAGUCGAGUUUGCCUACCCUGCUUCACUGCAAGAUGCUCUAGCAAAUGACGAGGACUUGUCAAGGCUUCUACCAUUCCUGGCCCUCCCGGAUGGUGCACACUUGAGUGAAGAAGACUAUUCAUUCUUUGUACUUUACGUUGCGCUGCAGAUGCCGGCACAGACACUGAUCAUUCGCAUAGCACUGCACAUAUUCCCCCUCGGAUUCCAGAGUACGCACCAACGUCCCGCCCUCUCAGACGUUGUUUGGAAUCUCGUGGGUAAACCUGUUGCUGUGCGUUGGCUCCUACUGACAAGGACCUGAUGCCGUAGAUGCAAUCGACAACUGGCGUCUACCGAGUUGCUCAAGAGACCGAGUGAUGUGACGAGGAGUAUGGUGCAGAAAGCAGUCAUUGUUGUGGCUAGCAAGCCGGUAUCUGGGCCGAUACGAGAUAGACUGGGAGUAGUUACAAGAGCAUACUUUGCUCAACGUGAUUUCACGCAUACCCAGAUAUUGGAGGACUUUUAUCACAGUCUCGAGACAAGCUUGCAAGGAAAGAGUGGAGAGGAAGCCAUAUACAUGGGUACAAGCCUACGAGAGUUAGUACACAAGUUCCGCCAUCGCACCCUCAUCCUCCUUAAACUCCUCAUGCUCCAAAAGCGCAUCAUGCUCUUCGGAUACCCGGUUGACAAGCUGUGCACAUACCAGUACUCGCUGGUAUCGCUGAUACCAGGACUGUUGAUGGACUUGUAUGAGUCGGGUAGACCGGACCUAGAGAAGGAAACCAAGAAGGCAAGGCCGACAUCUUUGAGGACUAGUGAUAGGGCCAGUCUGCUGAGAUUUAUGGGGCUUCCUCUGAGAGUGUUUGGCAACGGUGCUUUCUUCCAGCCCUACAUGCCUCUCCAAGAGAUUGACAAGCUGAAAUGCAAGAGUUGGCUGGUGGGGACAACGAACCAGAUCGUGACCCAGCAAAAGGACUGCAAGUAUGAUUUGCUUGUAAACAUCGACAACAAUACUUUCGACUUUACAGAUCCCAAGCUGGAAAAGACCGUUGGUCUCACGCCCGCGGAUAGAAAGUGGAUGGACGAUGUGGUGCAGACAGUGGAGGAAUCGUGGAACCUGCCAGAGGGAGAAAGACCAUCAUUCAGAGGCAGCGACGACGAUCUCCGCGCCCGCUUUGAAGAAUACAUCUUAUCAGCCCUUUCAUCCAUCAAAUACGCUGAUUUCCUCACGAAAGGCAAAGCUUCCGACAUUUCCAUCAUUGCCGAGACUGCAGGCGCGCCUGGGUCGGAAGGCAAUGUGAUCCAAGACUUUUCGGAGCAAUGGAUAAUUGCGUUCAAGGAAACAGAUGUCUAUGAGAAAUGGAAUGGCAUGACAGACCCGGUGCUGUUUGAUAUCCACGAGCCCAAGCAUCCAUGUGAAGGCAAAGCUGGUGUUGUAUCAGAUAUAGGCCUCCGCCUCGCCGAAGGUCUCCACGAUCUUCACCUCGACCAACAACUCGCGCCCACUCGCGACGCGCUCUCCAGCGCCUUCCAAGCUGGCUCGCAAUCCAUAUUCAGAGCCUUUGACGGCGUCAGGAGUGAAGUUGAUCGGCGGAUGAAGGAGAGGGAGGAGCAGGCUCGGGCGAGAGGAGCAGCGUCGCCAGGAGCGAGUGGUAAUUCAACACCGACUGCAAAGCCUGGCACGCCCACGGGGCAGGAUUUGAAAUCUACUAUCGGAGGCAUUGGGUCGGGUAUAGGCUCGUUCUUUGGUUCAAAAGUGGCUUCUUUCCGCGCGCCGCCAAAGGACGAGAGUCCGAAAGGACUGAGACCUAUGUCUUUGGUCGGCAGUGUGAGCUCGGGUAGUCUCAAGUCCAUGACCAGGUCUGGUGAAAGUAGGCCUUCGUCGACGAGCAGGUGAUUUGAUAGACAUUCUGGAAAUCGGUCUUGACCACAUAAUCAUGUAUCCCUAGCUGUAGCCUCGA